AUGGAAGUUUUGGGGACUUUGAUUAGGUUCAAUGAGUUUGGAGUAGAUGGUGGUCCUGCAGAUAAAGAGUUGGCUCCAAAGAUUGAUCUUGCCAAGGCACAUCUAUCUUCUAGAUUAGGUGUAGCUUUACCCAGCGUGAGACCAGUCGUUGUUACUAUUAUUGCCUUGAAAGGAGCUGGAGGCUUGCUCUUUGUUAUCGGAAACAUCUUCGGCGCUUAUCUUCUGGCUUUCUACUUGGUGGAUGUGAGUCCUAUUCUGUAUGAUUUCUACAACUACGGGCCUGAGGAACGUCAUUUCUCUCCUUUGUUGACUGAGUUCUUGCAGGAGGUGGUGCGAUUCUUGAAGAAAGAUGAAGGCGUCGGACCAAGCCCAACACAACGAACACACCCUGGACGUUCCGAGCCAAAAACCUGA